AUUUAGGCCGUGUUUUCCCGAUCUGCUGCAGAAAAUGGGACUCGUGAAAAAUUCAACAAUGAUAUGCGCCCCAUUAAUGGCGGAAUCAGCAGAGCAAAUGGUUGAAGAAAUGAAGCAGGCGAAAGCCGAAGGCGCGCAGCUCGUCGAGAUCAGGUUGGAUCAUAUCAACGACUUCCAGCCUCGCCGCUACCUUCCAAUCAUCCUCGAAAAUAAACCUUUGCCGGUCGUUGUCGUUUACCGGCCUAAAUGUGAAGGUGGUCGGUAUGAAGGCGAUGAGCACUCCCGACUGGAAGUACUUCGUUUAGCUGCAGAAAUGGGAGCUGAUUAUGUUGAUUUUGAACUCAAGGUUGCUUCUGAUCUGAUCAGGGAACUGAAAAUGAAGAAUCAGACUCAGAGUGCUACAAAAUUUAUUGUUUCAUGUCACAUUACCGUUACGACCCCUUCGGAAGAAGAGUUAAGUAAUCUUGCUUCCACCAUGCGAGCUUUGGGAGCCGAUAUUGUCAAGGUGGUUGUGAAUGUAACUGAUAUUACCGAGAUAGCAAGGAUUUUUCAUCUGCUUUCUCACUGCCAAGUGCCAGUAAUUGCAUACUCUAUAGAGGAAAGAGGUCUCAUAAGCCAACUGUUGUGCCCAAAAUUUGGUGGCUUUUUAGCCUAUGGAUCCAUCGAUGGAUAUUCAAUUCCCGGCAUCCCUUCUUUACAGAGUGUUAAGCACACUUAUAAUCUUGACUCUGUGAAUUCAGAAACUAAAGUUUUAGGACUUGUUUCUAAACCUGUUAGCCAUAGCAAGGGCCCUAUACUGCAUAAUCCUACCUUCAGACAUGAGAACUUCAAUGGAGUUUAUGUCCCAUUAUUUGUUGAUAAUCUCAAGGAGUUUUUUAGAACCUAUUCCAGUGCUGAUUUUGCCGGUUUUAGUGUCGGGUUUCCAUACAAGGAAGCUGUAGUUGAGUUCUGUGAUGAAGUUCAUCCACUUGCAGAGUCUAUAGGUGCUGUCAAUACUAUUAUAAGGAGGCCUUGUGAUGGGAAGCUGAUCGGUUAUAAUACCGAUUGCGAAGCUGCAAUAACUUCAAUUGAGGAUGCUCUAAAAGGUACGCCAAUAUCUGGGAAACUCUUUGUGCUAGUCGGUGCUGGAGGUGCUGGAAGAGCAUUGGCUUUUGGUGCUAAAAGUCGAGGAGCUCGAAUAGUCAUUUUCGACAUUGAUUUUGAAAGAGCAAAGUCUCUUGCUUCUGCCGUCUCAGGUGAAGCUCAAGCUUUUGAACAGGUUGUUAAUUUCCGGCCAGAGAAAGGAGCGAUCCUUGCGAAUGCAACACCGCUCGGAAUGCAUCCAAUAACAGAUCAGCGCAUUCCUGUGGCUGAGGAAACUUUGGAGGAUUAUGAGUUGGUCUUUGAUGCUGUUUAUACACCUAGAAAAACAAGAUUAUUGAAAGAAGCGGAGGCUGCUGGGGCAAUCACUGUGAGUGGAGUUGAAAUGUUCCUCAGACAAGCUAUGGCUCAGUUCAGUCUCUUCACUGAUCGACAAGCACCUAAAGAGUUCAUGCGGGAGAUUAUUAUGGCAGAGUUCUGAUGUAUUGGAUUACGCUGAGAACAUUGUUACCAUUCAGGACUCGAGUCAAUUUAAUUGAUCG